AUGAGCUCAACUCGAGUCACCAUCAAUCUGCGCAAGAGGAGGAACGAGACGACGAGGCCUCCCGUCACCAAGAUCACCAUUCGUAUCGAAGACCUGCAUGAUCUCCUCUCGAUGAAGCAAGUAGAUGCUGCAAGACACCUGGGUGUCUCCCUUACUGCACUCAAGAAUGCAAGCAAGCAGCUCGGAGUUGACAGCUGGCCGAGAGAGAGAAGCUCGGUCCUUGCAAGCAAAGCUAUGGAUGCGUCAGGCGUGCUUCAAUGGUUUGACGGAAGGGAUCCUGUGUCCCGGAAAAGCUCCCAACUGAGUUCCGAGGGUUCCAAGCUCGAGGAGAAGGAGGCGGCAAAUCAACGAGCGACUGUAGAAAAGGGGCAUAACGGAGAAAGCAACGAGCAGAAGGUCCCUGCAAGUGUAUGCCUCGAAAGCGAGGGGAAGUCUUUGGACCAAGCAGAGUUCUUCUUGUGGGAUUGUCGCAGUGAGGAGCUGCAGGAGCUGAUGGAGGAAGGGAUGGUCCACGUUCUUAGCCAUCAGUGA